AACUGUAUGACCAACUGCACAAUGGCCUCUCUGUCAACUAUAGUUUUACUUUUGUUUCCGCUGGUUUCAUUUUACUGUGCAAAUACAGUUGCAGUUCAAGGAGGAGUUCGUUUAGGAGGAGCAUGUACUAUUAACACCAACUGUACAACAAAUGUUACAAAUUCAGAAUGCAAGAAUAAGACAUGUCAGUGCGUAUCGACAUUCUACCCACAAACUGAAAAUAAUACAUGCCAAGCAAAAAAAGCUCUGGGUGUCCAAUGUACGGAAAAUGAGGAGUUCAGUGAUGUUAACGCUACAUGCACCAGUACUUGUAAAUGCAAAACUUCCCAUUACAAGGACAGCACCAACAGCUGUAAACCACGAAUUGCCCCAAACAAUGCAUGCGGUAAUCCAAAGAAUACUUCGUGUGUAGCUCAUGCAUUUUGUAAUGUAACCACAUGCGCUUGUUAUAAAGGAUUCAAGACCACGAAAACAGGAUGUAAUGCUGCAGUAACCAUGGCUAUAGCGGAGAUGUCAACCAUCAUAAUGUGCUUUAUGCUGGCGUACUUCGAAGUUUUAAAAUAGUUUUUAGUCCUGAAUAACACAACCUGUGUGAACACUUAUAAUUAGUUUUUUUACAUGUGUUAAGACUCAUAGGAUGAUUCAUUUUUAACUGAAAAACGAAUACGGUACAUAUAUGUAAAACAAAUAUAACAUUCGGUCAAACAAAGGUAAGCUGCAGCAUCUUCAUAAAUAUAAUUAAAAUGACAUAAUAUACCGGUCACCAUUAAAAUUCAAUCAAGUUUAGAAACAUAAAAAUUGGUUUCUGCCAUCAAAAAGAGCAAGAGAACAACAGGAGACCAAUUGCCAUUUUAUCAAUUUGGGAGAGACCAGAAAGAUGAAAGAAGGUCCGAUAAGGGCGUAUUUUGGCCUAAAAUUUGAAGUUUAUCUGAUGAAAGAUUUUUGACAUUUUUCAAACACUUAAAUGUCUUCUUCAGUCAAUUCAAUUAGUUGAUGUAAAAGAUUUGAACAGAUUUGGUCAUUAAAGACACCUAAAUUCCUUCAAAUAUGACACAAAACGUCACUUU